AUGAGACCUAUGACGGUGCAUUGCAUCCGGCUCAAACCAGCUACGAGAGGUGAUGCCGCGGUAGGUGAACCUGUCAGCACGGGGGCCGAUGAGGUACCAGCCGCAGUGGAGCAGGUGGAAGUCGCAGCCGAAGACGCUGCUGGUGUUGCGGACAGCACUUAUUGUGUUAGGGGCAGCCAGAUCGCCUGCGUCGGGGCUGGCUAUCAGCAAUCACAGCCAGAAGAACCGAACUAUACACACGAACAAUCACCAGUCCCCACAAAUGAUCCCCCUUGUACAACCUCGAUUGAUGAUUGA